AUGCAGACGAUUCGCACACUGAUCACGAUCGGGCUCGUUGCAACAGCGGCAGCGCUACGUGGUGACGAGAACACCAUUUCGAUCCCGCCCGAACCGCCCGGCGGCACCGUCUACCAGCGCGUGAAGCAGAUGCUGCCGCCGCAUGUGGGCUGCGCCGUGAUGGUGUUCGGCAAGGACGCCAGCGGGAAGCCGAUCGUCUUCAAGCACGGUUAUGGCGCCUGUCGCUACCAGACCGAAGACGGCUCCAAGCCCGAGCCGAUUACGCCGGCGACCACCUUCCGCGUCGCGUCGUUCACCAAGGUGCUGACCGCCGCCGCCGUGCUUAAGCUCGUCGACGAUGAGAAGCUGUUGCUCGAAGACUCCGCGUUGAAAUGGCUGCCCGGCCUUCCCGAGACGUUUCGCCCCGUGACAAUCGGCAUGAUGCUCGACCACACGUCGGGCCUGCCGCCCUACCACGGAUUGCUGAACAUCCAGCAACUUCCCGAGGCAACCGACCUGAACGUGCUGCGGACAAUCAGCCGGCUGCCGGACGCCGCGCUGACGUCGAUGCAUCCGCGCACGACCUACAACAACACCGCCUACGUCCUGCUAGGGCUCGUCGUGCAACAAGCGAGCGGCCAACCCUUCGCCGACUACCUGCGCGACGAGGUGCUCCACCCGGCGGGCAUGGAGGGCAGCCUGCUUUUCGUCGAGGGCCUCAACUCGCCGCCCAACCGCGCCUUCGGUCACCAGCCCGGCCCCGACAUCGUCGUCCAGCAGACGCGGCAGCGGCUCCAGCAAAUGAUCGCCCUACGCGAGCGGAUCGCCCAGCAACAGGCGCAACCCAACGCGGCGAUCGAACAGCAGAUCCUCAUGGCCCAGCGGCAACUUGCGGCCGUUCCCGACAAUGCGGACUGGCACGAAGAGGACCAAGGACCUUACACGAGGCUCGGCGGCGACGGCGCCCUCUACACGUCCCUCAACGACCUCGAAGCCUUCCUCCACGCGGUGCGCGAUCGCAAGGUCCCACUCUCUGAGGCUGGUUACGACCUGUGGAUGACGCCCCGCGUCUCGCCGCCCGAGAACGACGGCUUCGGCGACUCACGCCGCGGCCGGACGUACGCCUGCGGUUGGAUGGUCGAUGAAAGGCUGGGCGAGCCGC